AUGUCGAUCAUCGAAGAUCCGGCCGAGAUUGCCGCCCUCGCAAACGAAUUCAUCUCGAGCCUCGACAAUCUGCCUCAGGAGAUCAGUCACCUGGUCAAGGAGAUCGAACACAAGGAUGCCAAAGUCCAAGAUAUCAUGCCAAAGAUCAGCGCCCGUGAAACGCAGCUGCGGGAGUUGCUCCAAAAGGGCGGCAGCGGGCCCGCCAACCCUUCUGGGAUCCUCUCAGAGGCCGACCGCCUCAAGGCCGAGAAACUCACUGACAAGAUCAGGCAAGACUACCGCAGAGCGGACGAGUGGAGCGCUCAGAAGGAGUCGCUCAGCCUACGCAUGUGGAGGGCCGUGCAUGCCCAUCAUCUCCGGCUCAGGGAGGAAAUGGCCAAGAUCAGCCCGGCCGUCCUCGCGAACUACGGAGGGGCCAUGGCCGCGGCACCUCCUCAGAUUCCCUCGCUGGCUUCUUUGCCAGCGGCGCUUGCCGGUGUACGAUCCCCUGCUGUCGAGCUCGACGCUACUGUCGCCGGCCUGAAUGGUGUUGGCAGCAGUCUCGACGGCAUGGACUUCGCCGGCGCCGGUGCAGAGGGCGAUGAUGGCGAGGAGAAGGACGAGACCCUUUACUGCUUCUGUCAGCGCGUCUCAUUCGGCGAGAUGAUCGGCUGCGACAACGCCGAAAACGACCCAGAGUGCAAGGAGUGGUUCCACAUCAGCUGCGUUGGAGUCACCAAACCGCUGCCAGCAAAGUGGUAUUGCUCCGAAUGUGCGGCCAAAAUCAAGAACAAGCGGCGCCGGCAAGCCUGA